AUGUCAUUCGUCGUAGACCACAUCCGUAAUAUAGACAAUCAGCUUGAUCGCAUUCAUCUUGCGAGACAGCAGGGAUCUCAUCACAUUCCACCAGAACUACAUACAGCCUCACAAUCUUCGCGGGAAAGCGAGAGCCAUGAAAGUGAGGAUGGUGACCCGGAACGACUUCUGCAGCUACAAGUGGCGCUCAAGGCUUUCGGUACUCUGGCUUCAGCCAAGACAACUGUGGCCCCAAAUGCCCUGAUUGGCCUACUUGAAGGUGCACAAUUGCUAAGUAGCCCCACCAGUCGUAGCAGCAAUCCAGGCCAUCAAAAUCCGACGCCAUCAGGGCAGGAGGAGGAAUUGCAAUGGCUGCUAGUGAGCAAAGCCACCACGCAAGCCUACGGCUUGAUCUUGGAUAUGCUCCUGGACCAGACAAUCCCCCUGAGCCAAGACAUGUACUACUGGAGCCAAGUCCUGGGCUCUGCUCGUUUCACUGGUCUCUAUACCCUCCAGACCUCGCCCUUACGUAUAUGGCAAUGGACAAAAGACAUAUACCUCGACGCUCGGGAGAGGUUACAAAGGACUCGCAGUGAAACAGCCGACGACACUUUUCAGAAUUCAAUAUCACAAGAAUGGAAACAGUUUUAUGGCCUCGUCCAAGAUAGCAUUCGGGAACGGUCGCUUGCUGACAUGCAGUCAAAAUUCAUGACACCAUUUACGAAAUGUCAGAUGGAAGCAAGAUCUAAGUUCAAGCGCCUUCGCAGAUUUCGUGAUUUGAGUGCAACCGGCCUCGGCGUUCUACUCGAUGAAGGGAUGAUGUUCGAUACCCGCGACGAGGAGUCAAUUUCUUCAAAGGCAGUUCAAGGUGAUGACAACGAGGAAUGGAAGACAGUCGUAUCUAAGAGUGUAACAUUGAUGGAAUCUAUCCUUCGAAAUAUGACUCUCCUGGAGCGACCACCCGCCGAGUUUGAAGAGACUGUCUUUAUGAACGUUGAUGAAGAGAACGGGACAAGCCAGGAGGAUGACUCUGAAAGAAGUUCGAAACCAGUCGCGCUCGCUUACCGGUUGCAAAAGCUGCUAGACGAGCAAAUUCCGGCACAUAUACGAGCUUCCAGAGGGAUAGUAUCACAAUACGGUAGACCCUCGCGCCUGGUACGGUUUUGGCUUCCAGGGAUUGUCCUCUUACUUUCAUCAAGCACUUUGCUUCGUAUCUUUGUGCAUCGUAGGGCCGAGAUAAUCGAAUGGAUCCGGGAUGUUGGUACAACCACUGUGGACUUCUGGUACAACUGGGUUGUUGAGCCGGUCAAGAAAGUCAUUGGCACAAUACGGCACGACAAGGACAGCGAAAUUGCUAUUAUGAGCAAAGAGAGUCUUCAAGGAGACAGAGCUAGCCUAGAAAGAAUGGUUGUCGAAUUCGUGACCGACAACCCCUCACAUUUAGCUGGCGGUCAACUUACGGAUGCUAAAAUCUUGGAUCUCAGAGCCAGAGUCAACGAGGGGGACAUUACACCCGUGCUCCGAGCGUAUGAGAAGGACCUGCAACAUCCUUUCAGGGGGACCAUUCGAGGUGACUUGGUACGAGCCUUGUUGAUUCAGAUUCAGAAGACCAAAGUGGACGUUGAAAUUGCAAUGCGAGGAAUCGACAAUCUUUUGAAAAGUCAGGAGCUUGUCUUUGGCUUCGUUGGGCUUACACCGUCACUCCUAAUCUGUCUCGGGAUUGGUAGCUGGUUUAGCAGUACCAUGGCUGGACGCCGAGGGAGAGGUCAAAGUCGUAAACAUGACAGUAUGAUACAGGGGUUGCGAAAUGUUGACCGAAUCCUGAGCGCUGCGCCUUCGGCGAACAAUGGCCUACUUACCUACAAGGAGCAUGGGCUAGUCCUCUGUGAAGCACAUCUUCUACGGCAGCGAGCUCAAACAGCACUACCCAGAGAAAUCCAGCCGGAUUUUCUCGAAGAUCUAGAUGAUCUGAUCGAUCAACGAACAGGCGUUGAAAGACAGCUCAUCCGCGAUCUCCCCUGCAGAUUUCUGCACAACAUGGCUGGCACCAGAAACUAUGAUUUCCUUAUAAAGCUCCUGCUCAUAGGAGACUCGGGCGUGGGAAAAUCCUGCUGCCUCCUCCGAUUCAGCGAAGACUCUUUCACACCGUCAUUCAUCACAACAAUAGGGAUAGACUUCAAAAUCAGGACGAUCGAGCUCGACGGCAAAAGAGUGAAGCUGCAAAUAUGGGACACAGCAGGCCAAGAACGGUUCAGAACGAUUACAACAGCGUAUUACAGAGGCGCUAUGGGGAUACUAUUGGUAUAUGAUGUGACGGAUGAAAGAAGCUUCAAUAACAUCCGAACCUGGUUUUCCAAUGUCGAACAACACGCGAGUGAAGGCGUAAACAAGAUUUUGAUAGGAAACAAAUGCGACUGGGAAGAAAAACGCACUAUCUCCACUGAGCGAGGCCAGCAAUUGGCUGACGAGCUAGGCAUACCUUUCAUGGAAGUAUCAGCCAAGAGCAAUAUCAAUGUCGAAAAGGCUUUCUACAGCCUAGCGGCAGACAUCAAAAAGAGAAUCAUCGAUACUAGCAAGACAGAUCCCGGCCCACAAGGAAGUGGGGUGGAUGUUACAGGGCAGGGGAGCGGGGCUACUGGUUUGAGCGGGAAAUGCUGCUAA